AUGUUCGCCCUCGAAGAACCCGAGUCGAGAAAGCGACAGCGGUCCUCACAAGGGCCCGCGGAUCUCGAGGCGGAGCCGGUAGCAAAGAAACAAAAACCUCUGUCGGAAAGCCGUGACCUUCGUUGCCGUGACCUACGUUGUCGUCGUCCUCCCAGCUACUGGAACACGUUGUCCAAGGUUCAUUUGACCCGCGGCGCUCUCUGGGAGUUUGACCGCUGGAGCAUUGAAGAGAAGGUUCAGUCGCCUUGCGCACCCACGUCCAAGGUCGAAUAUCCCACAGGACGUGCUGGCCUACGGCUCAAGAGAUUUGCUCGAUGUGGGGGACCUGAUCUUUCACACCUUCGAGGGCUUGCCAACUUGCCGCUUUCGAUCCACGACAGGAUGAGCGACCAUGUUAGCUCCCAAAGCCGGAAACGCUCCUCAGCCUCGUCGAAGUCGAGUGACUUAGCCAAGAUGACCUCUCCUAAGAUCACACCUUAUAGCGGCAAUUUUGAGCAAAAACUGAUUGAUACUUGUAUCUAUCCCGAUGACCACGAACAUCCAGAUGGACAGUUUGCGCCUGAGCCGGCAAAUUUGAGCGAUAUUCAGGCCGCACAACGGGUCCCUCGACCGUCUCUCUCACCAUCGCGAUUUACAGAGGAAGAUUUCAGAGCUUUCAAGCGGGCAAAUGCAAGAGUGAAAGGCGAGACUACUGGGAUUCAUAAUCUAUUCCCUUUGAUCGCCGGAAACGAAGCAGCCCAUCGUUUCGAGAUGGACCUGUCACUAAGCAACCUGCAAGCGUUCGACAGAGAUCUCAGUGACCCAAAGCCCGACGUCUAUCAUGGAGUGGCACUAUCGACCAUCCACCCGCGGGUGCGCGCUGACUUGGGGACUUACAUCAUUCCAUCGAAGGUCGACAUAACUCGUCCGGCCGCUCCGAAUUUCUUCGUCGAGGGCAAAAGCGCUCAAGGACGAUCGGACGUGGCAAAGCGACAGGCACUGAUUGAUGGAGCUGUUGGAGCGCGAGCCAUGCACGAACUCCAGAAUUACAAAGCUAAGGAGCCGGGAUAUGACAACAAAGCACGAAGCUUCAGCGCAAUAUACCAGGCAGGCGUUGGUGUCCUCCAGACAUACGCGCACCAUCUCACAAAGCCUCCAACUCCUGGAGGGAAUCCUGAGUAUCACAUGACUCUAACUGGGUCCUAUGGAAUGACACACGACAGGGAGACAUUCGUCAAAGGAGCUACUGCGUACCGACGCAGUCGAGACCUAGCAAAGACAGAGCGGGACAGUCUCAUUGCCCAUGCCAAUCGGGUGGCCCGCCAGAUGCCUGCGCCCAGCACCAAGACACGCUUGACGACCAGCCACAAAUCCCAGUCAACGGGCCUUGUCACUGGAUCAGACUCCUCCGAAGACGAGCUGGCCCUCAACGAAGUGACCCCGGUCAAGCGCCGAAAACCAAGUGCAGCGUCCGUGAGCUCCGGUUCUGCAACUGGACGAGAUGGUCGCUCUGCUUCUGGGGCCUCUAUGGCUAUUAACAGAGCACCCUUGGCACCUCCAUAG